GGGAGGUUCUCCAUCAUUCGUGCGUGCAAGCCUAAGGAGUUUGUCUGAUUUUGUUUACUCGGUGCGUUUUCUGGCUGACCUAAUUAAAGCACGAGCAGUGAACAUACGUUGUGUCUCGCGGCGUGAAAGUGCUGUGGCGUCGACGCGAAGGUAAUUGGCAAUUUAGCUCCGCGUCCUCUGCACGCGACGAUUGACGUUAUCGCGACGACGAAGCGGUACACCACACAAGGCCGCCAUGGCGCCUCGAUACGCCCUUUCGAGCUCUGAACCCGAGUCAGAAGCUGAAUCCGCGCCUUCAGUCCCUGCCGAUGAUGUCUUGGAGCAGGCGCUACGGGACGCUGUUACGAAGGUGUACAAGUCUGGGAAGAUGGAGGAAUUGACAGUGAAGCGGAUGCGGCUGGCUGCGGAGAAGUCGCUGAAGCUUGAAGAGGGGUUCUACAGGUCUCAAGCGGAUUGGAAGACGAGGAGUGAACAGAUUAUCAAGGAUCAGGUGGAAGAGGAAGACAAAGGUGCCGAGGAAUCCGCGCCGGAUGACGAUCAGGAAGUCUCAUCUGCCUCCGAAGAUGCAAAGCCCGCCAAAAGAACAAAACAAGAGAAGCCAUCGGCGUCGCGCAAACGCCGUAAGACCGCCUCGGAUUCGGAUGACAAAAAUGCAGCUAGUGGACCAGACGAGGGUGAGGUAGAGAAGCCAACGAAGAAACAACCUAAAGCAACGCAGAAGAAACCGUCGCCGAAGCCGUCGCCGAAGCCCUCCGAGGAGUACGUGCGGGAUGAGUCUGACGGCGAGGAUAACGAGGCCACAACGGAAAAGGUCGACCAGACGCCCAAGUACGACUCUGAGAGCGAGAUGUCGGUGGUUCUAGACGAAGAACCCAAGCCCAAGCCCAGUCGCAAACGACAAAAGAGUGCCGACGCGCCCUCCAAGAAGGGCAAGAAACAGACAACGGCCAAGGGAAAGGAUGCAGAUAUUGACCCGAACCAAGCAGAGAUUAAGCGGCUGCAAGGUUGGCUGCUGAAGUGCGGCAUCCGCAAGAUGUGGGCGCGGGAGCUGGCUCCCUACACCACGCCCAAAGCAAAGAUCAACCACCUCAAGGGCAUGCUAAAGGAAGCGGGCAUGGAAGGGCGCUACUCGGUCGACAAAGCCAAUCGAAUCCGGGAGGAGCGUGAACUCAAAGCUGACCUGGAGAUGGUCCAAGAGGGGGCCAAGCGAUGGGGUAAAGAAGACGCCAGUGAGAACAGCGAUGACAGCCGGCCAAAACGACGGUUGAACCGCGGCCGCAAGAGUCUGGCUUUUCUAGAGAGCGAGGGCGAGGAGACGGACUGAUAGCGGAUGAGAUUGCUGCAUGAUUAGCUGUCGCAGUAUCUGCCUGGAGCAGACUGUGGAUCGUAAUGACGUUGAAGGUAUUGAAUCAUCUAUAUAGCAAUUCCAGCUGUCGGCGC